AUGUCGCCGCCAGCCUUCGCCACAUGGCACACUGCACAAAAUGCUGGCGCCGUAGCCGCUGCGGCUGUGGCGGCUGGCAGAAACCAGACGCAAGUCUAUGUAACGGAAUCUUGCCUGCAGAAGCCGUACCGGUGUCCGCAUCCGAAGAUACAGUUCUAUCUGUACACACGUCGCACCCAGGAGCAGCCAGAAUUCAUCGAUGUGCUGGACAGCAAUGCGCUCUACUACACGCACUUCAAUCCCCGCCACCCCACGAAGGUGAUUAUCCACGGCUUUGGGGGCGGACGCGCACUCAGUCCCAGUCCGGAUAUUCGGGAGGCGUACUUCAGCGUGGGCGAGUACAACAUCAUCAUUGUGGACUACAGCGAUGCCGUGAAGGAGCCCUGCCUGAGCCAGAUGGAAUGGGCGCCGCGCUUUGGCAGCCUCUGCAUCUCCCAGCUGGUCAAAUAUCUGGCACGCCAUCCACGCGGGGUGCAGCCAGAUGACUUGCACUUCAUUGGCUAUAGUGUGGGGGCGCAUAUAGCCGGCUUGGUGGCCAACUACCUGAAGCCUGAGGAGGGCAAGUUGGGACGCAUUACAGCGCUCGAUCCGACCAUAUUUUUCUAUGCAGGUACGAAUAAUUCGCGCGACUUGGACAGCAGCGACGCGCACUUCGUCGAUGUGCUCCACACGGGCGCCGGCAUACUGGGCCAGUGGCACUCCAGCGGCCAUGCGGACUUCUAUGUGAAUGGAGGAACGCGUCAACCGGCCUGUGUGGGCUCGGCGACGCUUUUUCAAACCUUGGCCUGCGAUCACACAAAGGUCACGCCAUACUUCAUUGAAUCCAUUACCACAACACGGGGCUUCUAUGCGGGUCCUUGCGCCAAUUUGUUCACCUAUCUGAUUGGCUGGUGCGAGCCCAAGGACUCGGAAUAUGUGCUGAUGGGCGAGCAUGUGUCGCACAAAGCACGUGGAAACUACUAUGUGACGACCAAUGCAAAGGCGCCGUUCGCCCGCGGCUUUCCCGGCAAGGGUCGCUCCAAUGGCGAGUACCAGGGCGUACGUAGAUGA